GCAAAAGCAGUCAGUAAUCAGUUAACAGUGACUAGUGAGUGUAUUCUACAUUUUCAAGCUAUGUAAUGUGGACGACUGUGGUCAAGUCUGACUCCAGCUCAGAACAAAAAGUUGUUGGCGGAAGUGUUGUUCCCCACAACAUCGUCCUCAACAACUGCCCAGAGGUCCACAUCGGCCCCAAGUUUGUACACAACAACAACAUCACCAUCAACAACGGAGUCGUGGACAGUGAUGAAAAUGUCAAGUCUCUGUGUUCUGUGGUAAAAAAAUGUAUGACAAUUUCUAAUGGGAUUGGAUUAAUAAUCUAUGGAACAUCCUUCCUUUUCAUAAUUUUAAUAAUCAUCUCCACAAUAUUUCUAAUUAUACAAAAAGAACCUAGCAGACCUGUCUUUCCACCUGAAAAUAGCGAGGACUACCCGUUGGAUAAAAGAUUCGUCACAAGAGAGAAAUGGGGAGCCGCCCCUCCAUGUAAAGAAUUGUCGAACAACACGGUCCCUGUAGAACGAGUUAUUUUCAUCCACACGGCUGGUGGGGGAACCUGCAAUAACUUUGCAUCCUGCAGGAAUAUUAUGUUGGAACUUCAAGACAUUGGUAAAAAAGACUGUGGUCCUAAAACUUACGAAGACAUCAUGUACAACUUUGUGAUCGGAAGUGAUGGACAUAUCUUCGUAGGUCGUGGUUGGGACAAAAUAGGAGCACAUACUUAUGGGAGUAAUACAGGGAGUUUAGGAGUUGCAUUCAUUGGGGACUUCCGAAGAGAUGAACCCAGCGAAAUGAUGCUGAACUCGGCAAAAACAUUACUUGAGUUUGCAGUCGCUAGGUCCAAGUUGAAAAAAGAUUAUCAGUUGUACGGUCAUUGUCAACGUCACUCAGGGUUUCCUUACAGUCCUGGAAAGAAUGUAAUGAAACAUAUCCAGUAUUGGCCGCACUGGGAAAAAACGAACGUGGAAAAUUGUGCUGAUCUGGUAUAGUACUUCACAAAGAAACUUCUUAACUAAAUUAUAUCCCGAAGCAUUUGCAAUUCUCAAAAUUGUGAACUGUUUCUUCUUCAUACAUUGGGCCAUGACAUUAUUAUUAACAAUUCAAUCUCAGUAAAUAUAAUUAUGUGAAUCUGUUUAAAUAAUUAGUAAGAAGGAUAUAUUGUUAAGAAUAAAACCUUUUAAAAAAAUAUUAUAUAUUAUUUAUGUUUGUAAGCAUUGAAUGUGAGAAAUUAUAGCCUACACAUUAUACAAAAUUUUCCUAUUUUAAGGUUGAGUGUACCUUGCUUGUCUCAACUAAAACUUCAGUUCUAGAUAUUUUUUUAGUGUAAGACUAAAUUACUUACUUAAUUCCCGUCACA